GACACGGUGUUGGAGGGGGGGAGAGCUCGAGCAAGCUCGUACGCCGCUCAAACGCCAGCAGAGCGCUGCGAGGAACGGACGCACAUGAACGCAACAUCUCAAAGUGCACGCGGACGAUCAAGAGGAUUUCAUCUUCUCUUGUCUUGAAUUGUAAAUAUUAAUCACAACCAAUAAGUCUCGCUUGGCCUCUCUGAUGAGUGCAAUCCGGCGGGAGUUGACGGAGGCGCGCCCGGAGGCGGCGGCGGCGUGGGGCGACGAGGUGCACGCGCGCGGCUGAAAGCAUCAUGGAGCAGCCUUUGUGGAUCCUAACUUUGCUCGUCACUUUGCUGCCAGCGCGGUGCGUUCGCUUUUCCCAGGAGCCGGCCGACCAAUCUGUGGUCCUGGGUGAGCGAGUGGUCCUCUCCUGCGUGGUCUUCAACUACAGCGGCAUCGUCCAGUGGACCAAAGAUGGCCUGGCGCUCGGCGUCGGGGAGGGCCUCCGAGCAUGGCCUAGGUACCGAGUGCUGCGGGCUCUGGACACAGGCCAGUACAACCUGGAGAUCUCGCGUGCCGAGCUAUCCGACGACUCGCUGUACGAGUGCCAGGCCACCGAGGCCGCCUUGCGCUCGCGGAGGGCCAAGCUCAACGUCCUCAUCCCACCCGAGGACCCCGUGAUGGAGGCAAGCCCGGAGCUGCUGCUCAUGGCGGGUACGCCGCACAACCUCACCUGCAUCACCCGCGGCGCCAAACCGGCCGCACACAUCCAGUGGCUCAAGAACGGGCUGCCUGCCGAGGGCGCCCACCAGUCCACGGAGGUGCUGCCAGACCGAAAGAGAGUGACCACCAGGAGCUACCUGCCCAUCAUGCCGCUGGACACCGACAGCCACAGCAACUUCACCUGCGUGGCCAGCAACCCGGCCGUGCCCAUGGGCAAGCGGGCCAACGUCAUGCUCAACGUGCACCAUCCGCCGACGGUGACGUUGUCUAUUGAGCCUCGCUCAGUCCUGGAGGGCGAGAGGGUCACCUUCACCUGCCAGGCCACCGCCAACCCGCCCAUCAUGGGCUACAGGUGGGCGAAGGGCGGCGUGUUGCUUGAGGGCGCCAGAGAGAGCAUAUUUGCCACCACGGCCGACCACUCCUUCUUCACCGAACCUGUGUCCUGUCAGGUGUUCAACGCGGUGGGCAGCACCAACGUUAGCAUACUGGUGGACGUACAUUUCGGACCCAUCCUGGUAGUUGAACCGCGGCCCAUCACGGUGGACGUGAACUCUGACGUCACCCUGAAUUGCAAGUGGUCUGGAAACCCGCCGCUUACCCUCACCUGGACCAAGAAGGGCUCCAACAUGGUGCUUAGUAACAAUAACCAGCUCUACUUGAAGUCGGUGAGCCAGGCAGACGCCGGCCAGUACGUGUGCAAGGCCAUCGUGCCGCGCAUCGGCGUGGGUGAGACGGAAGUGAUGCUCACAGUCAAUGGCCCGCCCAUAAUCUCCAGCGAUCCGGUCCAGUACGCCGUCCGGGGUGAGCGAGGCGAGAUUAAGUGCUACAUCGCCAGCACGCCCCCACCAGACAAGAUCGUGUGGGCAUGGAAGGAGAACGUGUGGGAGAAGGAGAAAGGCACGUUGAUGGAGCGCUAUACAGUAGAGCAAAGCAAGCCGCCGUCGCAGGGCGGGGCCGUGCUCUCCACACUCACCAUCAACAACGUCAUGGAAUCCGACUUCCACUCGCCAUACAAUUGCACUGCCUGGAACUCCUUCGGGCCCCGCACCAUGAUCAUCACUCUGGAGGAAACCGACAUCGUCCCAGUGGGCAUCAUCGCCGGAGGCACGGUGGGCUCGUCCAUCCUUCUGCUCACGCUGCUGCUGGCUCUCGCCUUCUUCCUGUACCGCCAACGCAAAGGCAGACAUCGAGGAGUGACGCUGGGCAAAGUUGACAUCAAAGUGGAGACGGUCAACAAGGAGACGCACAGUCUGGAGGAGGAAGCGGCCACAGUCUCCACGGCCACGCGCAUGGUCAAAGCGAUGUACUCGUUUCUGCCCUCUGUCUCCCUCUCUCCCUCCACUCAGCCCUUCAAAGACGACAUGGACCUCAAGCAGGAUGUGCGCAGCGAGAGCGACACGCGUGACGACUACGAACUCAAGGAUCCAACAAAUGGCUACUACAACGUGCGAGCGACCACCCACGACGAGGCUCGCCCUCAGUCCCGCGCCGUCCACUACCAGGGAGACUUCCGCUCUCCCAACGCCAACAGCGCGACAGGCGGCGCCAGCGUUUCCGCAGCCCCGCCCUCGGCCCCCAGCGGCGCGGUCCCCCCCAGCGGAGUACCGGGCUCCCGGGCCGGUUGCUAUGACCCGCGCCCACCUUCCCGCAUCUCGCACUCCACCUACGCCCAGUUCAGCACACUCUCCCGGGCGGCGGCUGCUGCCCAGCAGGCGGCAUCCAACCCACCGGCGGACUACCCGGGGGACUGCGGGCCGCUGGACGGCACCACCCAACUUGCCUACGACAGCUACGGGUACCCCUCGCAGUACCACGGCUAUCGCGUGGCCUUCGCGCCGCCUGCGGAGGAGGGACCGGCCUACGAGAUGUACCCCACGGGACCAGGGAGCGGACCUGGGCAGCACAGCCCCGAAGCGGGGCUGGGAAAGUACGACACUGCUACCCGCUUUUCGUACUCGUCGCCCCCUUCUGACCACUCACAGAGACAUACGCAGAGGAUGCAGACUCAUGUGUGAAUGCAAAACCACAUGCGUUGGCGUUAGCAAUAUGCAUGCUAAUUGGCACUAACUACAAUCAACAAAGAAGAGCAGCACUUCUGACUGAUCAGCCGCCGCUUUGGGGUUACCAGAACCGGAAAUUGUAUCCCAUUGAAAUUAUGUUUUACAAUAACACCCCGUGAGCGCCCCACCCUCCAAAACAAUGGUUUUCCAAUUAAAAUAAAAUUCAAUGGCCAUGAUAGGACACAUGAAAAAAUCUGAAAAUGGAAGAAGAAUUACAGUCGUUAUUUUCAGGCAAAUCCGGUGCAACUUCAGCUAGCCACCCUGGUUGGGAAUUAUUCACGACCAAUCGAUGGAUGGCAGGUAUCUAAAGUUGGUAUUUCAGUUGGUGGCGAAUGCUUGCGAACUCGGGAGACCAAAGUCUUGCUGAGGCUUUCAUCAGUGCGAUGUCUUGUCAAGACUAAUCGGACGUAUAGACAGCUUCACAAAGUAGCCGAGAUGUAUCUGCGAUGACUCCAGCAGCACAUGGUGAUUUCGCAGACCUGCUGCAGAUGUAGAAAAAGUCUCCAAAAAGCUCUCCGAAAGGAAUUGAACAUGUUUGAAUUUACCACGACUGCCUGGCGACCCGACUAGUCUCCAGGAUACAUCUCGGUCACCAUGAGGUCACCAUCUUGUGUCCAGGCCAGUCAGAUAGAUGAUUAGCCGACACUAAAGGCCCUAUUUUCAUACACAAGCGCUCGUGCUAUUGGCCUAAACAUUAGCCGUUUUUAUUUUCAUGCUGUGUCAAUUCAUGUUGGGGCCCUCCCUGCGCUUCUCUGGCCGUUCCGGCGGACGGAACUGGUGUGCCUCCGUCACACCUCACAAUUUGGUGGCAGAAAGUAGACUGUGCUGUAAAAAUGAGUAAAUCUUCAUUUUUGUGCCAGGGAAAGUCUUAACAGGUUUGUGAAUUUGGUCGACCCCCGCUAUGCCUCAAUGGGCCUUCUGGCUUAUUUGAUUGCAUGCCCACGGCGCAUGCGGCAAAUUUGGUGACCAAAAUCAGACUGCAUUUUACAUUUGCAAAAACUUGCCUGGAUAUGGCUGUGUUGGCUCCCACAAGUCUUCUCACUAGUUUGGCAAAAUACCAAGACAACGUUCUGCUCCACCCAUGUGCUGGUCAGUUUUUACGCUCUUGCUGUGUAACGUGGGAAUCCACUUUGAACCAUUUGCCAUGAAAAAAAAAUGGAUGUCUUUAUUGCGGAAUUCCUUGCUUUUAUGUGGACAUUUUGUACAAAAACAAAGCGACAUAACUUUCCAUGCACCACAACAACAUGGCAGCUUGUUGAAAAAACAUAAACCAGUGUGGGGAGUCUCUCUUCCAGGAGUAGGUAGCAAUGCGUCGCGCAAAUUUUCUACACUCAUGACGCGUUUCGACGUCGGCUUUUUAGUCCUUUUGAUGACUUUCAGUUUGUUUAAAAAGAGAAAAAAAAAUACCUCUGCAACCCUGGAUCCUCAAGUGUCAAAAUGUGUGUUUCUUGUCACUUGCACAGUAGAAUAGUUUUUUCCCCCUCCAUAUUUAUACUGAAAUGGGAGAUGGGGGGAACUGCAAAAAAAAUGUAUUUUUAUUUCGAAAAAGAAAAAUGUGGACCAAAGGUUCAAAAUUUUGUGGGGGGGCCAGGGGGGCACUGUUGGAUUUUUACAAUGGAACAUUUUCGCCAAGGAAGGAUGAUGUUUAUGCAGCAAAGAGAAUAAAUAGGGGUGGUUUUUUUUUUUCUUUUUUGGUGGUCGUUUGUUUUUUGAAGCAGAGUCCCUCAGACCACCAGUCCUCCGUGACUGGAAUGCCUUUUUUGACGAUUGGACAGCAGGCUGGCUUUCGACAGUGGAGUCUUAACAUAUCAAGGUGAAGCUGCAGAGGCUUCCAUGGAGCUCAAUUUGCUGAUGUAAACCUGUCAGCAACAUGCCAACAACAUGUAAAUGACACAAACAACAUGUAAACAGACAUGUAAUGCUUCCUCAAUGCAGCAAAAACACAAUGGUGGUGUGUUGUUUUUUAUGGUCUUUAAUCUUUGCUGUAUGUGACUGGCUUUUAGUGUUUAUUGCUGGUGUCUCAUAUAUACUCUAUUGAUUUUUUUUUCUUCCUGAGCCUUACCCUAAAAAUUGCAUACUGGCCAAUCAAAACUCGGCACAGAAUAGCAGUCUAGUGUUAAAUCAAUGGAGAUAUUUUUCAUUUGUUUCGAGGGUUUGGAUAUUUUUUGUUCCUUUUGGUUUCCUGUUAAAAAAUUUUAAAAAUUGUAGCAUUUCAAAUUAGGGUUCUAAAUUAGGAUUUCAAGACAGGAAAUUGGAAUUUCAAGAUCAAGUUCAGGUUUCAAGUAGGAUGGAUUCCAGCAUAGGUUAGGGUUAUAAAACUGAUGGUUUCAAUAUAGGGUAAACGUUUCACGUUAACUUUAAAAUUAGGCUUUCAAGAGAGGGUCAGUGGUCCAAAGUAGGGUACCAAGGCAGGGUUAGGAUUUGAAAUUACCGUUACAGGCUAGGGUUGACGUUACAAAUAAGAGUGGCUAGGUUUUGAAAUGACAGUCUCAAAUUACAAAUCCGAAUUGGGCUUUGUAGUGUUAGGGUUUCCAAUGAGAACCGAAUGGAGAAAUUUCCCCCGUUAAAUGUUCCUGUUUGUCCUUCUGAAUGGCAUUCAGAACUUUUAAUUAUCAGCACUUUAACACUGUCAUCUCCUCUUGGGAAAUGUCAAACGAAUACCCCUGUCGCUAUAUGGUGAUUUAUAUAUUUUUUUAUGUUCUUUCAUGAGAACAAGCGCGCUGCAAAGUGGGGCUGAAUGAGAAGGAGUCGCUGAGCCACUAGUGGCUCCAUCCGCUCACGUACUUGACGUCUGCUGCCAAAGCACUGCAAGGAGUUCGACUGCUCACCAUGCACGUGCGGCUUUAAACGCAGGUUGAAACCUCUCAGAACAGCUGAAAGGAUGAAAAAUUACUCA